AUGGAGCCGGUAAAGGUCCUAGAAAAAAUCGAAUCGCAUUCGAUCGACUGCCCGAGCAAUGAGACUGCCGCGACGGACGUCAGCUACGGGAAGAUAUUCUCCAGAGCGCCGCUAGAGGAGUUCCUCAAAAGGCUAUUUAACCCACCGCUGAAAGACUGCGAGGAAGUCGCGGACCCCGAGCGAAAGAAGCGGCCCCGCGAGGAAUCCACUCCGGUGAAAGGCAGAAUCAAGUUCGACAAAGCAGCUAUCAGCCGCAUCUGUCCUAAUGCAGAGUUUCCAUUUCCGUCAAGUGGCGGUGACCUGUUGUUUAUAGACGAGUCGCUUGAGAUGCUUCGCAGCUGUUUAGACGACCUGCCCGGAUUCAAAUUAAUUAAGGGGCCCGAGGCCAAGGGUUCGGAACCUGGAGACCCUGAUGCGUAUUUCAUGCAGCUGGUUGACUCCUUCCUUGCCUGCACGGACGCGGAAGAGAUACCGGAGGUGCGGCUCGAGGGCGAAACGGAUUGUAACGUGUCCGACCAUCGACAUCCGGUGAACGUCGAUGCCAACUACGACCGACAGGCGAUUCGCGAGCUGCUGCGCUGCCUGGUUUUGUGGUGCAACUGGGUAUUCCAAAUGAACGCGCACACAAAGAGUGCGCUAUCUAUCGCACAAUCGACACUGCAGCGCAGUAUGGCCCCGCAGGUCAUCGAAGUCGCGCUGGGUAUCAAGCAGGCCAAUCGCAACGUGGCGUUCUAUUCCAGCAUGUGCACCAAGAUCACUGCUGCGCUCCGCGAAAGGGGCUCGAAGUACGACCAAAUCAUAAAGGACACUCUCUGCAAGGUGCACCACGUCAGGUUCAACGUAGGCCGGGUGCACCGGGCUUCCUCCAACUCCUCAUGGGAGCGCCUCUCGAAUAAGCUGUCGAAGUACACGACUGACGAAAACGAGAUCCCGAUGGAUGAUAUGAGUGACGAAUACAGGCGCAACAUCAACCUGGUGCGCAACGAAAUGCGCUUGCGCAUGAAGAAGAAAGGAAUCUGCGACUCACUCUCAAAGACCUGCGACAUGCUUUCGCAGGAACUUGCUUCCAUAAACUCGAAACGCCAGUCCCUCCUAACACGCAUGGAGCAGGCGAUGCGGCAGCUGCGUGAUUUGACGACAUCGUAUCGUGCGGAAGCUUACGUCGAGUCGCUGAAGCUGACCGACUCCAAGAAGCUUCCCACCCUGCUGCAUAACUUCCUCUCGCGAAUGCAGCUGCGAGCGAUAGGGACGCCUAACCGCGACGUGGUCUUCAAAGUCUUCAAGGAAGGGGACAGGGACUACGGGUUGCACAUGACAUUUGCCGCGCCACGUGACGUGUUGAUGCCGAGCGCGGAUGCCGCGUCUAUCGUGUUCCCUCUGUUGUUCCUCGCCACUCUGGACGAAAGGGGGCUGGUUCGUAUACGGGAGCCUCGCUUCCCGUUUCCAGGGUCUGCAGUGUGCGACACCACGCCCCGCGCAGACUGCACGCCGAGGCGCAUGGAGUGCGUGUCCAUACACAGCGAGUCCAGCAUGUCUACCGGAAGCGACAGCCCAAAGGAGACGAUCAUCGGGGAGGGCAUGGUGCUGGACACCUUCACGGCCAUGGAUAAGGAGCUGCCGCAACACUUCAUCGAACGGAUGGAGUGGUGGUACGAGAUUGCGCGCCAGCACGUCUGGAACUGCUACCUGGCCGAUGUCUACCGGCGCGGCAGGUCCACGCCCAUCAACCUGCUGCCACAAGAACUCAGGAAGCACCACUCCUCACAGUACACGUGCAGGAGCAGCGGGUGGGUACUAGGGAACAAGUGCGCCAGCAUAAGAAUGCGACUGGAAUUCACCGAGGAACUCGAACCGAGGUGCACCUUCAGCGAAUUCGAACACGACGAACCGCUGUACAUAGAAGGCACGCCCCCUAUGGUGGACAUCGUGAGGGACAGUUUCACCGAUGUGAAGGAAGACAAGAUCAAUGAAGUAGGCGAAAGCUUAUAUAUUAAACACUGA